GGUGUUUCUUGAUUGAGAGGAGCGAGUGCACUGCUGUGUGUAUGCAUAACUUACCUAGGGAGCGAUCAAUUUCCAACCUUACCACGCUUACCCACUAGGUCACUAAAGCCUUUUUCUACUACUGUACGUCCUUACUGCACGAGUACCGACCAUCCAAAAAAACUCAUUGGAAUCUUCGAAAAAGCCAUUCGUACAACAGGACUCCCCCUUCACACCGACCACACCGUCCACACCGUCUCAAGGGCGAAGAGGAGUUCAAAACAUCUUCACGCUUCACAAUUCUCACUCCCGUCUCCUUCACUUGUUGUCACUACCACCGUGAAGGGAAGCAGGAUACUCUUUCUGAUAUUCCUUCCAGUCCAUUCAGCCCCCAAACCCCCUGACUUGACCUUACUCAUCUCACCGAUAUUUGGAUUCUACAAAGUAUUACACAUUACAGAUUAUGGAUGACAAAAGCCACACAUUCGAAUAAGGAAAAGAGAACGACGACACCCAGAUUCAAGGAGAGACGAAGAAAGAAAGAAAGGGUCCUGUGAAACAUCCGAAAGGGGGAGGAGAGGAAGGUUAACUUUGGUCACUGGACUUUAUCGAAUCAAUCUUCAGUCACGGAUUUCAGUGAGAGCAAGCAAGCAAAACUUGUGUCAGACAAGGAAUUGGGCUUGCAUGAGUGAAGUCAAAUCAAAUCGCAAUCGCUCAAUCCUUCCUCAUAUUAUCAACUUCAAUAUUCCUUUUCUCGUGCUCGAAAUUCCGGAGAUCACGGCGAUCAUUUUGAUCCAAAAGCCAUUAAAUCCAAGCGCAUUUAGACGUUCUAGCCCCGAGUCUCUAGGACGAAACCCUCAAAUUAUCUUCAGGGCCUUCUGGAUCUUGCAAACGUUGACUGGGCUCCAAUUUCAUUCUAGGAGUAAUCUCCAGUAUUUUCACAGCAUUCCCGAACAUAAGCACCAAUCUUUACUGCAUCACCCCCUAGCAGCUUGUAUCUUUUAG